AUGGGAUACUCUGGUCCAGUUCAGGUUCCGCCUCCUGAUGGCGAAUCGGCCAUGUGGCAGUAUGGCUACGUGCCAUCUCUCGCCCUGGGAAUCGUCGGGGUCAUUGUUUGGCUCGCUUUGGCUGGUCCUCAUCUCUUCUACCUCUUCACCCGAAGAGGGACGAGAUCUGUCCACGGACUAUUCUUCUUCGCUUCCAUCAUCGAAGCUCUCGGGUUCGGUGCAAGACUCUACUCCCAUGGUCACCCUUUUAGCGGCAUGUCCGCACUCAUCGGAUUCUAUCUCAUCCAAAUUGGGACCAUUCUCAUGACGGCUGCUCUCUACAAAUCAAUUCAACGGGUCAUCAAGUACACUCCGGAUGGUCGACGAUUGUCGCCUAUGCGACCUAGGUCCUUGCUCACUCUCUUUGUCAUCCUCGACGUCGUCUUUGAGAUCAUGCAAGUGGGUGGACAAUGGCUGGUCAUCGGUGCCAAGAGCGCCGACUACACUGGCGAUGAUCCCAUGUUCGCUCUGGGCACCUCUGGCCUUAUUUUCCUCGCUGGCAAUACUCUCCAAGCCAUCACCAUCAUCAUCGUUUCCAUCUUCACUUGGGUCAUCCUUCGUCGUUCUAACCGAAUGCUCGAGACUGCCGACCCCUCCGUUCAAUACCCUCUGCUUAAGGGGCUCUUGCUUCAAGUUUUGAUCUCGUUCGGGCUCUUCUUCAUUCGACUCGUUGUCAGAAUCGCCGAAGGCGCUCAGGGUCUGUACGAGUACGCUGCACUCCACGAAUGGGUCUUUGGAGUCUUUGAAUUUGUCCCACUCGUUCUUCUCGUCGGUCUGUGGGCCGGACGACCCCUGUACAAAUUCAUCUUCCCCUUCGGACAUCGACACGGACAAGGCGCUCAUACUCGAAACGAUAUUGCCGCAGCGGCCGAAGCUGGAGGAAUCCUCCCUGCCUCCUCAUCCUCUUCGGACGACGUUGCUCGAACAAAGGCUUGA